GCUUAUCUCAGCUCAGGCUGCCUGCUGGCCCCGCCCCCUCGGGGGAGCUGCCACUUGGAGACGCCUGGCCGGGAAGGGCCUGGUCAGCUGUGUCCGGCGGAGGCAGCUGCUGACCCAGCUGUGGACUGUGCCAGAGGUGAAGGAAGCGUGGGGCAGGAGCUCUGGGCCCCCCGUGGCGGGGGCUGCACCAUGGAUCACCUGGGGGCGCCCCUCUGGCCUGGAGUCUGCUCCCUCUGUCUCCUGCUCAUGGGGGCCGCCUUGGCACCCCCUCCCAGUCCCCCGGGCCCCAACUUUGAAAGCAAAGCGGCCCUGCUGGCGGCCCACGGUCCCGAAGACCUUCUGUGUUUCACCGAGCGGUUGGAGGACUUGGUGUGUUUCUGGGAGGAAGCGGCCAGCCCCGGGGUCAGCCCCGACAACUACAGCUUCUCCUACCAGCUAGAGGGUGAGCUAUGGAAGCCGUGCCGCCUGCACCAGGCCCUCACGGCCCGCGGAGUGGUGCGCUUCUGGUGCUCGCUGCCUACGGCCGACACGUCGAGCUUUGUACCCUUAGAGCUCCGCGUCACAGCGGCCUCAUCGGGUGCUCCACGCUAUCACCGUGUCAUCCAGAUCAACGAAGUGGUACUCCUGGACCCACCGGCGGGGCUAGAAGCGCGGCGGGCCGAUGAGGGCGGCCAAGUGAUCCUGCGAUGGCUCCCACCUCCUGGGGCCCCCAUGACGAGCCUCAUCCGCUACGAGGUGAACAUCUCCUCAGGCAGCGCCUCAGGGAGCGCGCAGAGGGUGGAGAUCCUGGAUGGUCGAACUGAGUGCGUGCUGAGCAAUCUGCGGCGCGGAACCCGUUACACCUUCAAGGUACGCGCGCGUAUGGCGGAGCCGAGCUUCGAUGGCUUCUGGAGCUCUUGGUCGGAGCCUGCGUUGCUGCGGACAGCUAGUGACCUGGACCCGCUUAUCCUGACGCUCUCCCUCAUCCUCGUGCUCAUCCUGCUCCUGCUGGCCGUGCUCGCUCUCCUCUCCCACCGCCGGACUCUGAAGCAGAAGAUCUGGCCUGGCAUCCCAAGCCCUGAGAGCGAGUUUGAGGGCCUUUUUACCACUCACAAGGGUAACUUCCAGUUGUGGCUCUAUCAGAAUGAUGGCUGCCUGUGGUGGAGCCCCUGCACCCCCUUCGCAGAGGACCCACCCACCCCCCUGGAAGUCCUCUCUGAGCGCCACUGGGGGGUGACACAAGCAGUGGAACCAGGAGCAGAUGAUGAAGGGCCCCUGCUGGACCUGGUGGGCAGUGAGCAUGCCCAGGACACCUACCUGGUGCUGGACAAGUGGUUGCUGCCUCAGAGCCCAUCGAUCGAGGACCCCCCACAGCCUGGUAGUGGUUUGGACAUAGUAGCCAUGGAUGAAGGCUCAGAAGCUUCCUCCUGCUCAUCUAUUUUGGCCCUGAAGCCAGAAGGGGCCUCAGCUGCCAGCUUUGAGUACACCAUCCUGGACCCCAGCUCCCAGCUCUUAUGCCCAAGGGCACCGCCUCCUGAGCUGCCCCCAACCCCACCCCACCUAAAGUACCUGUACCUCGUGGUGUCAGACUCUGGCAUCUCAACUGACUACAGCUCAGGGGGCUCCCAAGGAGCCAAGGGGGACUCAUCCAAUGGCCCCUACUCCAACCCUUAUGAGAACAGCCUCAUCCCAGGCCCUGAACCUUCACCUCACAGCUAUGUGGCCUGCUCCUAGGACUCUAGUCUCAGAUGCUUGGGGACCCAGCAUGACCUCAAGUGCUAGUCAAGGCCCAAGACUUAUCUGGCAGGGUGAGCAAAGCCUCUCCCAGGACUAGGGGCAUUUCUGACCUUGUCUGUGUGCCUAAUCCAUCCAACUUAGGAAGUCACAACCUUGCAGUAUUUUUAAUUUUUUGUAUAUAUAUUGCUGCUCCUCUAUGUCUCAGCACAUAAGGGGAGCAGUAUAAAAGGCUGUGAGCUCAGUCUGAAAUUCUGGACCUGGAAAUCUGAAUAAUAAUCAUAAUAAAAUGAAUUAACCACUAUAAGUUAUGCUAGCUGCCGUAACAAACUAGCUCUCAAUCUGAGUGGCUGAACACAAUUAGUAGUUUCUCUCUCUAUCUCAAUUCAAACAGGUGGGCAGCCAUCCCUGGGAUGAGUCAGAAGCCCAGAUCUUCUGGUCUGUAGCUUCACCAUUCUCCAAGUCUGCCCUGGGGUCUUCAGAUGGAUCCUCUGCAUCCUGCCAGCCAACAA